AUGGAUCAACACAACGCACUACCUGAAAGAAGAAUUAAUUUCACACUUCAUAGCGAGCAAGGAAUGCAAGCUGCAAUUACUGAAGGGAUGAAAGAAACUUCUCUCUAUAUCUUCAACGGGAUCAUUUUGUCCCUUGUCCUCCUUCUUUGUGUUUUGAUUUCAUUUGCUGUAAUGUUCGAUCGAUUCACAUGUUCAAGAAUUACAUUUUUAUGGUUUGUUGCUCUUCUCGUACCAGUUUCAAGCUUUUUAACUUCUUUUGCAAUUUAUAACUCGCUGGGUUAUUCUGUGAACGCAAUUACUCUACUUAUUCCAUUUUUGGCAUUGGCUUAUGCUUAUGACACUAUAAUUGUUCUUACGCACACUUGGCUAAGUGAUGCUGAUUUAAGAAGAGAUUCGUCAAGUGAACAUUUGCUUGAAGUUUUUGCUACUUGUAUGCCAUCAAUCGUAAUCACUGCAACGACUUCAAUUGGAUUCUUCAUGGCGGCUACAUUUAAAAUUCCUAAUUAUGCUGUUAUGUCAGUUUUCAUUGGAUUUAUUCUGAUCACAACUGUGUUCUUCACGAUGUUCUUAUAUGCUCCGUGUUUGAUGUUGCUCACCCCCGCCCCCACAUUCACUUCAAUUCCAGAUACAGCUCCAGGAUUAAUUCGCGAAAAGUCUUGCAAUCUUUCACGCACAAAGAGGGUUUACGCGUAUGAGAUUUCAUCAUCCCGAUUAUUGAAAUUGUUUGGAAUUCUUGUCUUAAUAUUGGGUUUUAUUGCGCCCACAUAUUACGGAUUAAACCGAGUGAACUACAAUCUGGAUUACCGCCAGCUUCUUCCAUCUUCGUCUCCAAGAAACAUCGGAGUUCACUAUAUGAGUGACCUUGCUUGGCCGCAAUAUUUCACAAUUUUGUUUUUUAUUGAGUCUCCACCAGAUUUCAGCGAUCCUACACAAUAUUUAGAAUAUAAAAAAAUGAUCGCGGAUAUUGAAAAAAUGGAACAUAAAUUACCGAAUACUACAGAUAUGACUUGGAUCAACGAUUUUUGCCAGUUUACCGGGACGAGUCCACAUGAUUCCGCUUUGAACAUGACUUUGUUUAAAAAAUUCAUUAAUGACGAUAUUUAUAAGGCAUGGCGCGACGGAAUCAAAUUUUCAUUUAACGAAUCUGGUCAUGCAACAAUUCACACAAUGCUCCAUAUGGUUUCAUUCAAAGAUACCAAAUCUCUUGGCGAUAAAGCAAAGCUCUUUUCGAAUGCUCGAAAAGUUGUAAGCAAAUAUCCACAAUUCAAUGUUCACCCAUUCGAUACUGAUGUUGGAAUUGCUGAUGUCAUUACUCAAGUCAGCGGGGCUUUAUCCUGGAUUUCAAUGGUUUCAUUGAUUGCAAUGUUCUUAGUUAGCAUUCUGAUCUUUGGAAAUUUGACGGUUGCCGUUGUUAAUUCAAUUAUGUCUGUUUUAGUUUUUUUGGCAACUAUUGCAUUCAUUUCUAUUCUUGGACUCAAUCUCAACCCGUUCUACGGUACUUACCUCCUUUUUGUAGCAGCGUUAGCUCCAAAGUAUUCCACUCAUUUCUGUUAUUUCUAUCAACAAAUGAAACGCAUCAACACCAAAGCUCUUCGCAAGGAUCGCCUUCACGAGACUCUGCGCAAAUCAUUUAUGCCUGUAUUUUCCAGUCUCCUAUGCGCUGCUGUGAUUUUCAUUCCUGUCGCUUUCUGCCCUGUCGCAAUCUUCCGCGAAAUUGCCUAUAUCCAUAUGAUAAUGACCGCUAUAGGAUUUGUUGUGUCUUCUUUCCUUUUGCAAGUUUUUUUAGUUCUCCUUCCCGAAGCUUUUACUGGUACACACUUUCUCUAUUCCCCAAUCCACUAA